CUCACAUCUCAUCACCCCUCCAAUCUCCAAACAAAAACAACACACACAACGCCCACAGCCAAAGCAUACCGGUAUUGAUUGAGUUUGCUGAAAUAGUAAAAACUACUUCACGACCACUACAACACAAUGGUGAAGAUUGGCAUUUCCAAGCUCCUCCGCAGGAUCAGUGGCGGCAGCACCGAGGAUGGGAGUGGUCACACAGAAGACUCGAGACGCAGCAGUCAUAGUGAGCAGAAGCAACAAGAAAAGCAGAGGCAACAAGAAAAGCAGCAGUACUUGCUGACACGAUUGGGCGGCAUGGUGGUCUUGGGCUCGAUCAUUCAAGAGUUUUGUCGUCGAGCCAUUGAAGACGAACGACUCUCGCAGUUUUUUGCGGGCGUGGAUCCUCGUGUCUUGACGGCGCAUCAAACCAGAUUCUUCACGCUGGCAUUUACACGGCCCAACCGAGAACAGGCCGAGAUUGUCAUUCGUCGACGUCAUCAACGUCUCUUUGCCUUGGGCUUGUCCGAAGUGCACUUUGAUGUAUUCACGACACACUUGGAAGAAACCUUGAGAGAUCGCGGCUUUGGAGAUGCCAUUGUCGCAGAAGCCAACGCCGCAAUUCAUCGCGCGAAUUCCAAUCAUCCUGUCAGCAAUCAUCAUCAUCAUCAUCAUCGGCACGCUGCUAUUGUGAUCACGGCAGGACCAGCAACAAUACUGAAGCUGCUGUCCGACGUGCCACCACAACCGCUUGAGUGGCUGAGGGUGCACUGGCUAUGAUUAGCUGACCUGGUGGUGCUGGAAAAAUGCAAAACCACUCUGUACAAUAUGCUUUACCAAGCAGCCAGCCAUAAAGCAACAAUGUUUUAUAAUAGUCUUUCUAUAAGGAGUAAUCAUGAAAAUGAUUCUAGUUCAUGCAGACC